AUGGGGUAUAGUGAUGGUUCAGGGAAGAAGAAGGCCACCAUUAUUGGUCUCUCUUCAGUUCUCCUAGUUGCAAUGGUGGUGGCAGUGACGGUUGGUAUUAACAAUAAGAACACUGGAGCCACUGCUGGUGGCUCCGCCGGUAAUGGUGAGAUAUCCACCAGCAACAAGGCAGUCACCGCCAUCUGCCAACCUACAGAUUACAAGGAAACAUGUAUCAACAGCCUCUCCUCCGCCAAGAACACUACCGACCCUAAAGAGCUAAUCAAGUUGGCUUUUCAGGUGACUAUGAACAACAUUGGUGACGCCAUUAAAAGCUCUUCUGUUCUUAAAGAAGCAGCCAAGGACCCAAGAACCUCUCAAGCAUUUGAGACUUGCAAAGAGCUUUUGGACACCUCCAUUGAUGAUCUCAAGAGAUCUUUCGAUAAGCUCAGCGAAUUUGACGCUAGCAAGAUGGAUGAUUACGUUGCAGAUCUCAAGGUUUGGCUCAGCGGUUCCAUCACCUACCAAGAGACUUGCUUGGAUGGUUUUGAAAACACCACCGGCGACUCAGGCGAGAAAAUGAGGAAGCUUUUGAAAACCUCCGCCGAGCUCUCGAGCAAUGGUCUCGCCAUGGUUUCCGAGCUUUCCCAGCUCCUUUCUUCCUUGCAAAUUCCGGGUGUCAGUCGUCGUCUUUUGUCUAAUGACUAUGAUAAUGAUUAUCCUUCAUGGGUCAAUUCCGGAAACAAGAGGAUGCUCCUCCAGGCUACUCCGACGACGAUCAAACCCAAUGCGGUGGUUGCUAAGGAUGGCAGUGGACAAUAUAAGACAAUCAAUGAUGCUUUGAAGGCUGUCCCACAGAAAAGCAACCAGACCUUUGUGAUUUUCAUUAAGGCUGGUGUUUAUAAUGAGUAUAUUGACAUUCCUAGGGGCACCAACAAUGUUAUGUUCCUCGGAGAAGGUCCAACCAAAACCAGGAUCACCGGGAACAAGAACUACGUCGAUGGAGUUGGCACUUACAAGACUGCAACAGUUGCCGUGAAUGGAGAUCAUUUCAUUGCCAAGGACAUUGGAUUCGAGAACUCCGCAGGAGCAAUCAAGCACCAAGCCGUGGCACUUCGUGUCUCCGCCGACACGGUCAUCUUCUACAACUGCAAUAUGGACGGUUACCAAGACACCCUCUACGCUCACUCCUACCGCCAAUUCUACCGUGACUGCACCAUCACCGGCACCAUUGACUUCAUCUUCGGCGACGCUGCCUCUGUCUUCCAAAACUGCAAGAUGAUCGUCAAAAAGCCAAUGGACAACCAGGCCUGCAUGGUCACAGCCCAAGGAAGAAAAGAUAAGCGUGGACUAGGCGCUAUUGUCCUCCAGAACUGCUACAUCACGGCUGAGCCGGCAUUCAUUGCCGCUAAAGGACAGUUCCAGUCCUACCUCGGACGGCCAUGGAAGGAAUUCUCGAGAACCAUUGUCAUGCAGUCUUUCAUUGAUAGCACCAUUGAUCCUACAGGUUGGGCACCAUGGGUUGGUACUUUUGGACUUGACACAUGCUUUUAUGCUGAGUUUAACAACAGAGGACCUGGUGCUGGCCUUGCGUCGAGAGUGACAUGGAAGGGUAUCAAGAAGAUAACUCCACAAGAAGCUAUGGGUUUCACUCCAGGACAGUACAUUGAAGGAGAUUCUUGGAUUAAGCCCACUGGCAUUCCUUAUGAUUCUGGCAUGAUGAAAGUGUAA